AUGCCAGUCCAGGAAUCGACAUCAGCCAGUGAAACCAGGAUACAAAAAUACAGCAAAAUGCAAAAGUCUCACGAAUACAUCAUCUUGGUCCGGAAACCACUCCAUCACGAUUCAAAAGCUGUUUUAGUCGACUACAACUCAACAGCUGCACUAGCAGAUACGCUGCGCGCACAUGCUAUACACACGGUCAUCUCUGCUCUUUCAAUCAGCGAUGAAGCAAGUGGUGUCGCACAGCUGCGACUCAUCGAAGCCGCCAACCAGUCCGGAUGCGUGCAGCGCUUCUUACCCAGUGAAUUCGGUGUGAAUUAUCAAGAAGGGGUCUUGGAUUACAUGCCUAGCUACGGCUUCAAGUUCAAAGCUCGCAAUCUGCUCGCCGAGUCGAAAAUGGAGUACAGCAUUGUGUCCAUCGGCCUUUUUCUCGACUACUACUGUCCGCCAUCGAUUCCAUCGGCUCUGGAUCCUAACAAAGGCGCUGCCAUGUUCAUUGAUUUGCAGCACAGAUUUGCAGCGAUCCCUGGGGACGGUAGCCAGCCGAUUGUGCUGGCCCACAGCACCGAUGCGGCCCGUUUUGUCCCUCGCGAUUCUCUCUUCGUUGGCGAGCGUAUAACGUGGGCGGAAUUCUUGCUAUGUGCAGAGAGUAUCCUAGACGUCAAGUUCGAGGUUCGUUAUGAUGACCGCAAGAAGAUUGAGGCGGGCGAUAUAACGUUGACCCCUAACUUGGCGGAGCGGUUUCCCGCUGAUUUUGCAAAGGGCAUUGUAAAGGGAGUUGCACUCGAGUAUUUGCGCGGCCGUUUAAGUCUUCCGCAGGAGAAAUGCAGGAAUGAGAUUCUUUCUCAUACAAAGUGGCUUGGAAUUCAGCAGGUACUGCAUGCGUGGAAGGUGGCAGGAGCGUCCUGA